AUGAUUAUUCAUAGAACUAAUUGCUCAUAUAAUGGUACUAUUGAUGAUGAAUGUUGGCGUCAAGCUUUACUUUAUCGUUCAUCUGAAUUAAUUCAACGAAUUUUUUCAUUUAGUAGUCUAUCUGUUUAUGUUAAUAGAUAUCAACGAACUCAUUCAAAAGAAUUAAAUGAUAGUAUCAAAUUUAUUAAUGAAUCAUUAGAAAAUAAUUUAUUAAAUGAAUCAUUUUAUGCUAAACUAAAUAUGAGUUUAUUUACAGAAACAAAACAAAUUCUUCUUAAUUUCUGUCAAAAUUUAACAUUAAAUGCAACUAAAUCAAAUUGGGAACUUCCAUCAUUAUCAUGUACAAUGUCGACAUGUUCUUCAGAUAUACGUAAUUAUGUGGUACUUUUUAUAAUUAGCAUUGCUAUAGCUAGUUUAGUACUAAUCAUUUGCGUUACACAAUCUAUUCAAGCACGUCGUAAAUCAAAUCCUAUAGUAAUUGUUCAACACAACGAUCUUCUUAUAAAUUCUCCUUCUACUACCACGUCUUAG